AGGAUGCACUGAGAGCUGGGGAUGAAGAAGAGGAGGGUGUGCUUCCUCCCUCGGGGACCCCGCGUACUGGGGAGGAAGAGGAGAAGGAUGUGAGGGAUGAUGGAUAUUGGGGAUGAGGAGGAGGAGGGUGUGAGGGGUGCUGGAUAUUUGGGAUAAGAAGAGGAUGAGGAGGGUGUGCUUCCUCCCCUGUGGGUGCUGGGAGCUGGGGAUGAAGAGGAGGAGGAGGAGGGUGUGAGGGGUGCUGGAUAUUUGGGGAUGAUGAAGGAAAGUUUGGCUGGAGAAGGCAGGGAGGGAAGAAGAGCCGAGAUUCAAAAUUACACAAAGAAAAAUGGGGAGAAGGGCUCAGAUGAGCUGAAAGUGCCGGAAUGAGGGGGGAAAAUAAGGGGAAAAAGGGAAAAAAGAGGGGGAAAAAAGAGACGGGAAGGAAAAAGGGGAGUGUUUCUGCCCGGUUUCGAACCGGGGACCUUUCGCGUGUGAGGCGAACGUGAUAACCACUACACUACAGAAACGCUGUGCCUCGGCCGCCGCGCCGGGAGGGAAAACCGCGGCGAAAAUGGGAGAUUUUGGGUAAAAAGGGAAAAAAUACCCAAAGAGACCCGGGACAGGGACCGGGACCGGGAAAACCGCGGGGAAAAUGGGAGAUUUUGGGUAAAAAGGGCUAAAAUACCUGAGCGGGACCGGGAAAACCGCGGGGAAAAUGGGAGAUUUUGGGUAAAAAGGGAAAAAAUACCUGAGAGAGACCCGGACCGGGACAGGAACCGGGACAGGAAUCGGGACCAGAACCGGGACAGGAACCGGGACCGGGACCGGGGGGCUCGGAGCGCCCAGGGCUGCGCUGGGGGCGGGGAAAGGUGCCAAUGUCCCGCCCCCGGCUCCGCCCUCAACCCCACGGCGCUGACACCGCCCCCAGUCCUCCAAGACCAACGAGUUGACUGGUUGGACAAACCCCAGAGGAAGUGGAGCGGCCAAAAUUUCCGGUGUUGCUCGGCAACCGGAUCCACUUCCGGUCACGCUGGGCGGAAUAGGCGGUGCCUCAACCGGAAAGCGGAAGUUCCGCGGCCUUCCCCGUCUGUAGCAGAGCCACCGCCAGGCGAACGCGGCCGGGGGGACCCGGACCGGAACCAGGACCCAGACAGGAACCGGAGACCGGGACCGCGCUGCGGGCGCGGAAAGCCGGUAUUGCCCCGCUUCCGGUUCCACUCCCAGUCCUCCAAUAACAACGAGUCGCGUGGCUAGACAAACUUCGGCAACAGGAGCCACUUCCGGUCAUAUUGAGCGGAAGAGGCGUGGCCUGAGCCGGAAGGCGGAAGUUCCACUGCCUUUCCCGUCUGUGGCGGAGCCGCUGCCGGGCGAGCGCGGCCCGGGAGGAACCGGAGGGAACCGGCGAGACCCGAGAGGAACCGAGCGGGACCCGACGAGCACCUAGCGGGCACCAAGCGGCUCCUCCAGCACCGUGAGAGCGCGGGGGGACCGCGGCGGGGAGGCCCGGUGAGGCCUAGCGGGGCCCGGUGAGGCCUAGAGGGGCCCGGUGAGGCCUGGCCCGGGCCGGGGGGGCUGAGCCGGGUGGAGGAGGAGGAGGAGGAGGAAGAAGAGGAGGAGGAGAGGAGAAGGAGGAGGAGGAAGGCGCCCCACGGGAAUGGCGGCGCCGUUGGCGCUGGGCGGCCCCGGUUCCCUGCGGCCGGACCCGGUGGAGACGCUGCAGGAGGAGGCGAUCUGCGCCAUCUGCCUCGACUACUUCGCCGACCCAGUGUCCAUCGGCUGCGGGCACAAUUUCUGCCGCGGCUGCAUCUCCCGACUCUGGGCCCGCGGCGGCGGCGGCGCAACCGAGCCCGGCCCGGAGCGCUCCGAGCUCGGCGAGGAGGAAGAGGAGGAGGAGGAAGAGGAGGAGGAAGAGCUGGAGGAAGACGAGCUGGAUGUAGAGCAGGAGGAGGAGGAGGAGGACGGCGUGGAGGAGGAGGAGGAUGACGAUAUGUGGGAGGAAGAUGAGGAGGAAGAGGAAGAGGAGGAAGGCGAGCUGUGGGGAGACCCCGCUGAGGAUGAGGAGGAGGAGGAUGAUGAAGGCGGCGCAGCGUGGGCCGGGGGCGCCGAGGGGAGCGGCCUCUACCUGGGCUACGACGAGGACGUGAUGGAGGCGGACGUGGAGGAGGAGGAGGAGGAGGCGGAGGACGAAGACGACGAGGAGGAUGAGGAUGACGAUGACGACGAUGAUGAGGAGGAAGAGGAAGGCCCCGCGGCCUUCACCUGCCCGCAGUGCCGCAAAUCCUUCUCGCAGCGCAGCUUCCGGCCCAACCUGCAGCUGGCCAACAUGGUGCACAUCAUCCGCCAGCUGCACCCGGGGCCCGCCACCGGCACCGGCACCGGCAGCACCGGCAGCACCGGGCCCGAGCCCUGCGGCGCCCCCGGCGGCCCCCCCGAGCUGUGCCCCAAGCACCGGGAGCCGCUGAAGCUUUUCUGCGAGCAGGACCUGGCCCCGAUCUGCGUGGUGUGCAGGGAGGCACGGGGGCACAAACAGCACAGCGUGCUGCCCCUGGACGAGGCCCUGCAGGAGUGCAAGACCAAGCUCCAGAGCCACCUGGAGCCCCUGCGGAGGCAGCUGGAGGCGGUGCUGAAGCAGAAAUCCAGCGAGGAGGAGAAAAUCUCCCUGCUCAGGGAGCAGAUGCAGGCGGAGAUGCAGGAGCUGGAGGCCGAUUUCGAGGAGCUGCAGCAGUUCCUGGCCGGGGAGCAGCUGCUGCUGCUGCGGCAGCUGCAGGAGCGGCACCAGGCGCUGCAGGCGCGGCAGCAACGCAACCUCAGCGCCCUGGAGGAGAGGGGAGCGGCCCUGCAGCGCCUGAUUGCAGAGGCUGAGGCUGCAGGGAGGCAGGAGGGGCUGCAGCUGCUCAAGGACAUCAAAGGCACCUUCAUCAGGUGUGAGAACAUCAAAUUCCAGGAGCCCGAGAUGAUCCCGGUGGACGUGGGGAGGAAGUUCAGGAAUUGCUUCCUGCAGGACGUGGUGAUGAGGAAGAUGGAAAAGGUCUUCAGCAAAGUGCCCCAAGCCGACGUCACCCUGGACCCGUCCACGGCGCACCCGCGGCUCUGCCUGUCCCUGGACCGGCGCAGCGUCCGUCUGUCCGAGCGGCGCCCGGAGCCCAUGGACGGCGCCCGGCCGCCCCUGCAGCCGCCCCAGCCGCCCCAGCCGCCCCAGCAGCACCAGCAGCACCAGCAGCAGCGCCCGGAUGGUACCGGCAGCACCGGCGGUGACCUCUGCGUGCUCGGCUCCCCCGGCUUCACCGCCGGCCGCCACUACUGGGAGGUGGAGGUGGGCGGGCGCCGGGGCUGGGCCGUGGGCGCCGCGCGCGAGAGCGCCCGGGGCCGGCCCCAGGGCGCCCAGGCCGGGCCCAAGCGCGAGAUCUGGGCCCUGGGCACCUCGGGCAAGAAGUACCAGGCGCUGACGGCCACGGAGCAAACGGCGCUGGCGCCCGCCGAGCAGCCCAGGAGGUUCGGGGUCUACCUGGACUACGAGCGCGGCCAGCUGGGCUUCUACAACGCCGAGAGCAUGAGCCACAUCCACACCUUCCACAUCUGCUGCUGCCGCCAGCGCGUCUUCCCCUUCUUCCGCGUGCUGGCCCGCGGCACCCGCAUCAAGAUCUGCACCUGAUGGGGGGGCCCAAAAGGGCAACGGACUCGGGGGUUCUUGGUUCUUGGGUUUCUCCUUCUCCGUCUCCUUCUUCUUCUUCUUCUUCAUCCUCCCCUUCCUCCAUGUGCUGGCCCACAGCACCCACAUCAAGAUCUGCACCUGAUGGGGGCCCAAAAGGGGCGACGGACUCGGGGGUGGUUGGUUCCUGAGCUUCUUCUCCUCCUUCUUCUCCUUCUCCUUCUUUUUCUUCUCCUUCUCCUCCUUCUUCUCCUUCUUCUUCUUCUUCAUCCUCCCCUUCCUCCAUGUGCUGGCCCACAGCACCCACAUCAAGAUCUGCACCUGAUGGGGCCCAAAAGAGGCCACGGACUCGGGGGUGGUUGGUUCCUGAGCUUCUUCUCUUUCUUCUUCUUCUCCUUCUUCUUC